GACGACGCGCUGGACUGGCGGCAGGUGCUGGUGCUGGGGCUGGAUGGCGCUGGGAAGAGCAGCGUCCUGCACUACAUCUGCAGCCAGACAGCCAGGGAGCGCAUCGCACCCACCCACGGCUUCAACUCUGCCCAGCUCUACGUUGAGGGGCUGGAGAUGGACCUGCUGGAGGUGGGGGGCAGCCAGAACCUGAGAGCAUACUGGCCUCACUACCUGAGCCAGGCCCAUGUGCUGGUGUUUGUGGUGGACUCGGUGGACAGGUCACGCCUGCUGACGGCACGUGAGGAGCUGCACGCACUGCUGGCCGCAGAGCCCCGGCUGCCCCUGGUUGUGCUGGCCAACAAGCAGGAUAAGAGCAAUGCCCUGAGCGCAGCAGAGCUGCGGGAGGAGCUGGCCCUGCACAUGCUCAGUGGACAGCGGGAGCUCUUCCUCCUGCCCACCAGCGCGACCUGGGCCAGCCUGAGCACCGCCACCAGUGUCCUCCGCGUGAAGAGCCUGCUGGUCACCUUGCUCUCCCAGCCCUGACCCCGCACAGGGCGGGGGCAGACGGGCUCCCACCCCGGCACAGCUCCUCUUUGGGGUCUGCAACACAAGGAUGGAGGCAACCGGGCAGGAGCCCUGGAGCUCAGACUCGCUGGUAGCAGGCUGCCAGCCCUGGGUGUUUGCUGCACCCAAGGUUUGGGGUUGAGCUGCGGCACGGCUGCCCUCAGGGAACAGGAGCAGCGGGCUCUGCUCUCUGCCACAUGGAGAGGGCAGCUCUCUCUCCCAGUUCAGGGAUGAAGCCUCCCUUGGGGUGGUGGCAUGAGCACAGCUCUUACCUCCUGGUGAGCGGGAAUGUGCAGUGUAGGGCAGGGCCCUGCACCUUCAUGACAGCCCCGCGGGAUAUUACAUGAGUGGGGUGG